CAAGAAUCAAGAAGUUACAUACUCCGUUUUUAAAGUGACACCAGUCUCAGUUCCCUUCCCAGCUCUAGGUGAUAUUCAUAUUUCGUUAAGACUUCAGCUUGACGUCGCCAACCCAAUAUAUACCUCGACCUGCAAUUUUUUUAUGCCAAAAGGCGACACCGUUGCACUUGCACAUAAACGCUAGCGGUUCUUCUAAUUCUAUCUUUAUCCGCCUGUUGCCUUGAUUUUUCACUAACAUGAGGAACUUGUUGUUGGCUUCGAACUCUUGGUCGUGGUUUUUCCUCGACCGAUUUACCGAUGCUUACGUUUACAGAGACACAAGUCACGCAGUGAAAAAUGCUGUGCCCCCGGAAGAAGAAAGACUGAAAGCGAAUAAAUCGCUUUUAGCAGAGAAAAAAAAUAAGCUGAUACCACAACAUCCGGGGGAUCGCCGACUUUUAAAUAGGCUCCAUCGUGGUGACGUCAACUCCGCUUCACUUGACACUGGAACUGGCGAGGAUGAGGAAGUCGAAAAUAGUGGAUUCAUAGAGAAUCAUGCGCCGGGGUCUGCCGGGAUUCUCUCAGAAGAUAAUACCGGUAUUUCGCAGAAUCACGAAGCAGAUGUUAAAUUGGCUAGCGCAGGAGCCGGAGCGGAGGACGUGGACGAACUGGGAAAGGAUGACGCGGUAGGAGCACUAGCACGAUCUCCACCCAAGGUGGUCUUGAAUGCCCCAAGUAGAGAGAAGCGCAUCAAGAUAGUGAAGGUGAGCAAGCCGGCGAAUGCGCGGCACGCUGAUGCAGUUUCACCAAGGGGCAGAACCAAUGGCGAGAGUGAGGCGGGGAUUGUACUAGAGGUGGCUUCUUCAUCCGCGGUGGAUGUGGGAAGUGUUCUGCAAAGAAGUGGCAGUGGCACCGCACUCGAAAACAAGAAGUUCUCUCAGCAAGAAAACCGAUCAACCACGACGACGGAGGCUUCGGCGGGGGACUCCUGUUGCGGUGGCGCGGCCAGCGACGGCGCAACGGAGGCCCGGAACCCGGUGUCGGAGGCGGAAAAAACACCGCAUCCGGACGAGUACGAGACAGCGGACAAUUACCUAUCAAAUGUAAAAAUGUCUGGGUCUGGAAGAUUGCAACUUGUCAUGCUGUUUUUGGACUCUAAAAAAAUUUGUAUUGCAUGACCAGCGAGAGGGGCACAAUUGGUGCUACACGGACAGGGCAUUUCUCAUGCGGAAAGUGCAUCAGGAAGCCCUCUAAAAGUACGCGAUGCUAGGUCAUGCAUUACAGGCAUCAUGUGUCUGUGUCAUGAGAAAUAUGCAUGUCAAAUCUUGCACUCUUCCAGACCCAGACAUUUUUACAUUUGAUAUUACCCGGUCGUAGUCAACGGGCAACCCUACCAGGCCCCGCCCCUCCUUGGAGGUGGAGGCAAUCCUCGAGGUGGCGGCAGCAGCAUCCAGCAAAGCUCCACCGGCUCAUCGCGGGUGGACGGCGGGGGCUCCUGCGUGCAAGUGUCGCCAACGGAUGAAACGGGGAGAGACCUGGACAACUCCAUAAAUCUGGUCUUGCUACCCUACGGUUGGGAAUCCGCGGAACAGUGGACGGAGUAUGUCGAAGAGACCGUCGCCGUACUGGACAAAAACUUUGCGCCCUUCAGCACGCGCAGCAAUCCCCACCUAAACGUCUUCCGCGUGGACCGAUUUGCGCGCUUCAGCGAUCUGGAGUUCGUGAAGGGCGCGGACUGCUCGCAUCAGGCCGUGGACCCGCGCCAGGCGCCGGGCUGGAGCCAGCUGCAGCAAGGCGUGGACAACUUUUGGGUGGAGUGCCGUGACUGGCCGGCGCUGGCUACGUUCGCACAGCAUCACUGCGAGGACACAUUCGCAGGCAUGCAACACAUGACGGUCUCGGUGCACGUCUGGAUGACCGAAGAAGCGAUGGAUCUGCUUCGGGUGGCGCCCGGCAGCCCGUCAGUACGGCAGUACGGAUGGGGCGAGUGGGGUAGCAACAUGCUGGUCAUGUCCGCGAAAAUGCACACCUACCAGGCCGCGUGGGACUUUCAGGGUGCGCUCUUCGCGCACGAACUGUCUCAUGCUAUGUUUGGGCUGACCGACGAGUACGAGGUGGGGCUCUCGCAAACGACGUUGGCCUACAGUCCGAACUGCGGGGGACUGGUGAACGCCAGAACCAAUUGCUGCUCCAAGUGGCAGGACUUGAUCGACGAAGGAUUGGCUCGCUGCGUCGGCAAAAAUACGGAUCUAGCGAGCCGGGAGGGCGGAUGCAUGAACCAACAGUAUUGCAUCGGCAUGGACCAAGCCACGAGUCUGAUGGGAAAGAUCGACGGAAGAAAUUCUUUUUCCCACGUGCACCUGCGAGCGACCUGCUGCAAGUACCUGACACUUUUCAACCAGGGCUUUACGGAAAGUGCACUGAAAAUUCCAAACUACUGCCUCGUGUACACAAGCUUGCCGACCAGUCCUCGGUCGUUAGAUCUAGUCAAAUUUUGUGGCGAGCCGAAAAAUUGGAAAGCGUCAGCGCUGGAUUUACAUCCCGAGCACCCGCUGGUACUGGAAGACGAACUCACCGCGGUUUGAAAUGAAUAGAAAAAAAGCACGAUUUCGAUAUAUGUAUCUAAAGCAUCUACCCCUUCCCCGAUUUUUUGGAUAUGUUGACUCUAGAAUUACCCCAACCCCAAACCCAACCGCAAGCAAGUAGCUUAGUAGAAGCUGAUCAUUUACUUGUCUAUCAAAUCACCGUCGCCGCUGCGGAACGCGAGCGUUGCAAGCUCGGUCGAGACUGACCGAAGUGUACUGAUGAAGCGUAUUUUGCUACGUCUACUCUCACGCCUCGACAUCGAUGCUGAUUCUAUCGUGCAACUUUGUAACUAGCUGAUGGAGGAGGAAACUUGGAGGUGUUCGCUUGCGAUGCUCUGUCACCAUUUGCUGGUUACCGAUGAAUUUGUACUUGAGCAGAGAACACCGAGUGCCGGAGAACGGAGAAAGACACCCAUUUUGAGAGGCGAAAUCUUUCUUAGUUUCACUAUUGCGUUUGACGCAUUGCCUAGGAGUAGCACAUGCAACAUGUAUGCAUAAAUCAUCGCACUAGAAAGUAGAG